AUGAACGUCCAAUUGAAAGUAUUAGUUAUUUUAAUAUUACCUGUAGUUAAAUGUGAAACAUUAAAUGAUUUAGCUGACAAUACCAACGAACAAGAGAGUAAAAUUGACGAUGACAGGUUUGCUAAAGAUUUGGAUGACGAGCAGUGGCACGUGGCACAUCUCAGUCUUGAAGGCAGAAGACAUUGUGUUGGAGACACUUUCGAAGACAGAGCCCGAAGAUACAGAAAGGCUCUUAAGAGUGAUGGCGCCCUAGUAAACUUUGUAUCUUCCGAUCCUAUACCAUUUAAUGUAUCCGAAAUAGUUGAUGAUGAGACUUGCAAUGUUGAUUUAGAAGUUCCAAAAGCAUUACCGAAAACUAAAGAAAUAAUGGUUUUAGCAAAGGCAGAAGAUAAGCUAGAAGUUACAAAAGAGCAAACAGUCAAAAUUCAAAAUGAGCAGUCAGGUCAAAAUUCUUCUGCGGUCCAAAAUACAAGCGACGCUACAUCUACUCUAAGUAACACAGAGUAUCAUCAAGCGACCACUCCAACUAUGAAAGUAAUAGAUAAAGAAGAUAGAAGUAAAGAAGAAGACGUUGAGAAAGGACAGAAUUCCAAGAGUAGAAGGGGUGAGUAUAUGUUUAGUUCUAUAGAGUACUAUGACGAAACACCGGAUUUCGACGCGUCAAUAUGUCCGGAUGACGUGGAUGUGAUUGUCUUGGAGUUGGACGAGAUCAGAAGUUACGACGUGGAGUGCGAGAGAAUCGUAGAAUGGAGAAGUUUGAUUGAUUGA